AUGGAACCACAGAAUUCACAAAAUCAGUCUGGCAAGCACCAGGGUGGACCAGAGUCAAAGUCGGAUAUCAACAUAGAAGCCAACCCGACCAGCAAUGACCCAACACCGCCAGAGGGCGGCCUCCAGCUGGGAGGUGGCCAGACAAUCAAGCUCAUGCUCGUACCUGACAAGGCUCCAACGCCAGCUCCUCCCAAGAAGAAGGAAAAGCCUCAUCCUCAAGCAAAGAUGACCAAGUUUUGGGACAAUUUCAACCCCGAGUAUCAGGGGAAAGUCACCCGUGUGUUGCCUGAGCGCAUGACCGACAAGAAUGUGUCUCUGGCAAAAUUGGUGGGUGAGAUUGCUCACCGAGCCACGACUUCAUACGAACAUGCCAAGGAGAGCUGUAUCCGCGACGUCAAAAGAAUCAUAAGGGAGUGUCGGGAAUCGAAUCAGAAGUAUACCGACCCUCACUUCGACAUCGAACGAGACUUGAAGAUCACUAGAGCACGCGAUUGCUUGGAUGGCUUGGUAAUUGAACAAAAUGACAAAGAAUUUCCGGCAGAUGUGAAACGCGUUACGGAUAUAUUUGACGACCCCAAGUUCUAUGUUGAUGGCCCCUCGUACGAUGAUAUCUUGCAAGGAUCUGCCGGCGAUUGCUGGUUUUUGGCUGCUGUAUCAGCGCUGGGUUGCAACCGAGAGUUCAUUGACCGCGUCUGCGUGAUUCAAGAUCAAGCUGUGGGUGUCUAUGGCUUUGUGUUUCACCGAGACGGUGAAUGGCACCAAUGCAUCAUUGACGACAAACUAUACCUCCGAGCUCCAAACUACGAUGAGAGCGGCGACGUUGUGCUUGGACAAUACGGUGUUCGCCGUAAUAAUCAGGAAGAUCAGUAUCAGGAACUGUUCCAGAGAGGCUCCCAAGCGUUGUACUUUGCUCAAUGUCGGGACCAAAACGAGACCUGGGUCAGCUUACUAGAGAAGGCCUAUGCUAAAGCACACGGCGACUACGCUUCAAUCUCUGGAGGGCAAACUGGGGAGGCGCUGGAGGAGCUUACGGGGAGUAUCACAUCUGAGAUCUAUACGACGAAUAUCCUUGACACCGACGCCUUCUGGUCCAACGAGCUAUCCAAAUGUGGAAAAACAACGGAGUUUGUCUUCUCCUGCGCAGUCGCUCGAUGGAGAGAAUGGCGCCCUUAUCUCGUGGCCAAUGAGAAGAUCCGCGAAGAGCGUCGGUCAGGAAUUGUAUCUCAACAUGCGUACGCGAUCCUUGACACGUAUGAGGGCCAUGGCCAGAGACUUGUCAAGAUACGCAACCCAUGGGGCCGCAAGGAAUGGACCGGAACUUGGUCUGACGGUUCGAAAGAGUGGACUCCUGAGUGGUUAUCGCGAUUGAAUCAUCAGUUUGGCGAUGAUGGCAUUUUCUGGAUGACCUAUAAGGACAUGCUGAGCAAAUACAAGUACAUCGACCGAACCCGCAUUUUUGGGCCGGAAUGGCACGUUGUACAGCAGUGGAUGUCCGUUCAGGUCCCAUGGAGCACUCUCGACUAUCAAACGAACUACUUCUCCAUCGACGUGCCCGAGGACACCGAAGCUGUGAUCGUGCUAUCGCAACUCGACGACCGCUACUUCAAGGGCCUGCAGGGGAAAUAUAACUUCACCCUCCAAUUCCGUGUCCAGAAGGACUCAGAUGACGAUGACGAGUACCUCGCACGGAGCAAGUUGAACUAUGAACUUGUCCGAUCUGUCAAUGUUGAAGUCCACCUCGCAAAGGGCACGUACUCGGUCCUUGUAAAAGUGGAGGCCACUUCGACCUCGCGAGAUGAUGUGGAGACGAUUAUCCGUAACAACAUCCAUCGGCGAGACAAGAUCACGCAGAUCGGCAAGCUGUACGACUUGGCACAUCAGAAGGGUCAGCUUCCUGGUAUGUCGUCGACCGGCACCUCGUUGUCGCCCACGGGGACGAGCACACCAGCCACGACCGGCACUCCGGUCCUUAGCACAGCACCCGCCACUCCAACAGAAGAAACAAAACCAGAAGAGGAUGCUGAAAAAGACCCGAACCGCAAUCCGUGGAAUGCAAGUUGCAUUGUCGGCUUGCGCGUAUACAGCAAGCAGCCUGAUCUCGCUCUCAAGAUCGUUGUGCCUUCAAAAGAGGAGCUCAGCGAGAACAAGCCGACACUCGACCGAGACGAUGUGGCGAAGAGUGCGCUUGACGAGGCUCAGGCUGCGGCAGAGAAGGUCGAGGAGUCCGUCAAAGGAGAUGACGAUGCUGAUGACCAGGGUUUACCCGGGCAGGCGACCAAGUCAGCCUCCGGGAAGAGAGUCAGACUGCUCGUGGAGAGUAGCGAUGAGGGACAGGAAGAACAGGGUGAUGCUUCGUCGUCUUCUGACGAAGAAAGCACAGUUUCUUACGAUGAUUAA